CUCUCGAGUGUUUGCGUGAUAAAAUUCAGCGUGUAAAAUCAUCGUGGCUGGGAACAAAAGUAAUUGGCUUGACUACUCGAAGAAUAACCGAAAGAAUCCUUUAUGGUAGUUGGUUUGACGAGCGUGGUAGGGACUACGUUUAGAAGGCAGCCAUCUUGCAAUCCCUAAUCAAAGAUCUUCGGCUAGCGGCUAUCGCUGUCUGGUUUUCAGCCAGUUAAUAUCAACACACAGUUCAUCAAAUGGCUUUAAAACGAAUUAAUAAGGAACUUCAGGACCUUGGUAGAGAUCCACCGGCGCAAUGCUCUGCUGGUCCUGUAGGAGAUGAUUUAUUCCACUGGCAGGCAACUAUUAUGGGACCACCUGACAGUCCAUAUCAAGGAGGAGUAUUUUUCCUUACAAUUCACUUCCCCACAGAUUACCCAUUCAAACCACCUAAGGUUGCUUUUACAACUAGAAUUUAUCAUCCAAAUAUAAACAGUAAUGGAAGUAUUUGUUUGGAUAUUUUAAGAUCGCAAUGGUCCCCAGCACUCACCAUAUCAAAGGGUAUAUAA